AUGGCGGGCGCAGGCAAAGCCCCGGCUCCAGCUGAGCACCAGAAGAGACCUGAGAACCCCAGUGAAGAGGCCUACAAAGCCAGUUUGGCUCAGGCGGAGCAGGAAUUGUCCUCUGUACAGAAAAAAAUGGAAGAAGUAAAAGCCAAAAUCAGCUUGGCACAACCAAACAGCCAGGACUCACCCGCUGCUAAGAGACAGCGAGAAUUACGUACUGAAUUGGCGGCUAUCCGUCAGCAACAGCAAGGAUUCAAGGCCUCCCGUAGCGCCGUCCAGGAAAAAAUGAACGCCCUAGAUGCCACCAUCAAAGCCCGUGUGGCUGAGCAGAAAGCUUCCCGCUCCCGUGUUUCCUUUAAAAACGUUGAUGAAAUCGACCGGGAAAUCGAACGGCUCGAGAAGCAAGUUGACUCGGGCACCAUGAAGUUGGUAGACGAAAGGAAAAACCUUGCAGAGAUUUCGAAUCUCAGGAAGCAACGGAAAGGGUUCUCUGGCUUUGAUGAAGCUCAAAAGGCUAUUGAUGACUUGAAGUCACAGCUUAGCGACUUAAAGAAAACCCUAGACAACCCGGAGGCCAAGGCCCUCAGCGAUAGAUACUCCAAGAUUCAGAAGGAGCUAGACUCUAUCAAAGCUGAACAGGACUCAGCGUUUAAGAACUUGAACGCCCUCAGGGACGAACGCACCAAAAUUCAUGGUGAACAGCAAAAGGCCUACGCUGCCGUACGCGAAAUCAAAGAUAACUAUUACAAGGCCCGGAGGGCAUAUAAGGAGUACGAAGAUGAAGUUUUCCGCAUCCGUCGUGAGCGUCAAAAGGCCGAGCGAGAGUCAUACGAGCGGGAGAGAAAGAAGAAGAUUGCCGAUAAAAAGUUGGAAGAGGCUUCUCGACCGGCUUUCACUGAUGAAAUCAUGACAGCUCAGGGUCUCAUCCGACACUUCAACCCGUCUUACGAUUUCUCUGCUCUAGGCCUGGAAAAAGAUUGGAAAUCACAAAGUGGCGGCUACCGUGCCGAAGUGGGACGAACUGUCGACGCAUCCGAUCUUAAGGGCAUAAAGGUUAUAAAGAAAGAUGAUCGCGAAGAAAACUACUUUAUGGGAGGCACUGGUGGAAAGAAAGGCAAGAAGGGCAAGAAGAAUUCCGCAGCCAGCUCCCCAGCUCCAACCCAGUUCAACCUAAGCUUUGGCGUUAUCGAAGACUUGGCAAGCAUCAAAAUAGACCCUCCAAUUAGUCAGGCUGACGUUCCAGCUCUGAUUGAGAAACUCGCUGAAAAGAUCACGAACUGGAAGAGCCAACAGGCUGCUAAAACUGCAGAGAACAUUAAGAAGGCCCAAGAAGAAAUCGACCGUCUCAAUGAGGAAGAUGCUAACACCAAGGAGAAGUAUGCGACGGAUGCUGCACGCAAGCCUGCGCUUAAGAACGAAGGUACAAACGGACACGUCUCAGCUGAGGCAGAACUUAAACAGGAAAAUGACGCUGUUGCCGACGCUUCUGAAGAGCUCCAGAAAACCUCUCUGGAGGCCUGA